AUAGUUUUUUGCGCUCUCCUCGACUUUUCGUACAUAUUUCGUCAACUGUGUCAAGCGUGUCCGGUAUGUGUGUGUGUGCGUGUGCGUACGUGUCGAUACAAAGCGAGGGAGUGUCUGCAUUACAUCGAGAACAGUCGACGGAAGAUGACUGCGAUGAUGUAAGGAAAACGGAGAAUCAAAAUCAAGGAAGAAGCGGAGAAGUGCAGAAGCGAGAACGAGGAUGAGAGCUGGAGAGAUGAGGAAGAGAGAUGGAGAGGAAGAACGAGUGAAGCAGGACGACAGGUCUGAAGACCUUUACCUUUCGGAUUCUUCAUAUAUGAGAACCACUGACCCUAAGAUUGCCACGACACAUGCUGGAAAUUUGUUCGGCGGGAAUUUACGAGCGAGUUUCCGUGUCAGACCCAUGGACUCUGGUGGUGAAAUCCAUUUGGGAUCUCUGGAUAUACCUGCGGCGAUGGAUCUCCGCGACGGGGUCCGCAUCGUCGCGACGUAUAGGGACGUUUCCCGAUGUCACGGAACGAAAACGGAGAAUUGAGAUCGAAAAAAAGGAGAAAACUCUUUUCCAACGCCGAAGUGGUUGGAGAACGGCUGAAGGGAUGAGCUGCGAGGAAUAAGGUAAGGAUAAUCGAAGCAAUCGAACGCGGUGCCGUUCGUGGGAGACGAGGGCGUUGGGCCGCGAAAUGAAUUCCGCCCCUCGACGGAGGGUGGAAGAAAGAAGAGCGCCCGUCGCGACCGUUCGCAUACUCGCGUGCGAUGCUGCACGUAUAUGCGAAAAGCACACCAGUCUCGCUUGUGAGGGCGGCCAGGGCUGCUGGGAGAAUGAUAACGUCGCGUUAGAAACGAAGAUUUGUGAAUACAUUAGAGAAAAUGCGUGGAGGAGGGCUCGUGCAAAGGGAGGAUAUAGCCGAGGAAUAGCGGGGUGGUUUGUUCCCGGAGGAAAAUGCUCCGGAAUCCUCCUUCGCAUCCGCGCACGAGUAUUUAUCUUCCACCGAUCGCACUAGGGUCGCGUCCCUGGAAAGUCAACGAACUUUGUUCUCUCUUCCUCUCUCUCUUCUUCUCUCGGCGCGACUCGAGAAUUGCGAGCAGUGUAAUUUUUUUUGUCAACGACUUCUCGCUCUUGGGCUUCCCUGCGGGAUUUUGAGUCUCCAGUCUUUCUACCGCCCUUCUAUUGAAUGCCUUCGCGAUCUGGCGCAAUUCCCGAUUAUU